AUGGAUCAGUACUGCGACGGCAAGAGCAAGAAGCCGGGGACGAAGAGCCGGCGGUGCAGGUGCAGCGCGACCAUGCUGACGAUGCUCCUCUUCGUCAUCACCAACUCCGUCUCCGUCCUCCUCUCCUCCGGCGCCGGCGCCUUCCUCCUCCGCCGCUACAAGCCCGACAGCGUGCGCCUCUGGGCGUGGGACGACUCCGCCGCGCUCCUCGACGACCUCAACGCCACGCAGUCCGCGCUCGCCGCCACCCACGCCCAGCUCGCCGACCUCCACGCGCGCCUUGGCACCGCCAGCUCGCUCCUCGAGACGCUCCUCGCCGGCAUGGCGGCGCGGGACGGCGCUGCCCCGGCCGAGCAGAGGGGCGCGUGGUGGGCUCGCGAGCUCUCCGGGGAGCUCAAGCUCGCCGUCGGAUCGCACCGGAGCGUCACCGGCGACGCGCUCCCGGCUGUGGGGCACGCGUGCAGCCGCUUCCAGGACGACCUGGAACGGUACAUGGAAUACAAGCCCGGCGGCGAAUGCCCCUCCGACGAGGCGCUCGCGCACCAGCUCAUGCGCAAUGGCUGCGACCCGCUGCCGCGGAGACGGUGCCGACCGCCGUCGCCGGCGAGGUACGUGCAGCCGGCGCCGUUGCCGAAGAGCCUCUGGACCAUCCCGCCGGACACCACCGUCGUGUGGGACGCGUACCGGUGCAAGAACUACUCGUGCCUGGCGCACGGCGGCGGCGAGUUCGACCUGCGCGGCCGGGAGAAGGGCCGGUGGAUGCGCGACGACGGCGCGCUCACCUACUCCAUCGACGGCGUGCUCGCGGCGAGGCCGAACGGCACGGUGCGCAUCGGGCUCGACAUCGGCGGCGUGUCCGGCACGUUCGCGGCGCGGAUGCGCGAGCGCGGGGUGACCGUGGUGACCACCACGUCCAUGAACUCCGGCGGGCCGUCCGGCAGCCUGAUCGCGUCGCGAGGGCUCGUGCCGGUGCACGUCAGCCCGGCGCACCGGCUGCCGUUCUUCGACGGCACGCUCGACAUCGUGCACUGGACACCGGAGCUAGGCAGCCGGCCGCCGCCGGUCACCGACGUGUCGCUCGAGUUCGCGGUGUUCGACAUCUACCGGGUGAUGAGGCCGGGAGGCUUGCUCUGGCUAGACCACUUCGUCUUCUCCGGCGAGCAGCUGAGCGCAACGACUGACAGGGUCGGAUUCAGGAGGGUGCGAUGGAACACCGGCAAGAAGCUGGUCUCUGCGCUGCUCGAGAAGCCAAUGACAUGACCGAGGACAAGGCUAGGGUUGGAUUGAUUUAUAUGCACUUUAUAAAACUAGUAAUCUUGUGACAGAAUUGAUCAAGUUUGGUAUUAUUUAGCAUCACCACUACAAGAAGACUCUUAUGAAAUGUUUUAUUUGAAGAAGACUGUGUAGUAGUAAUAUUUAACUUAAGUCCAUAAUGUUCA